AUCACAAGCCAACUAUUCCCCAUUCACAGCCUGGUUGUCUCACCAUCAUCCUUAGAUUCACUGCAAUCUUGUUUGUCUUAUCUCACCAAAGGACUCAUAGAGUAGACAGGAAUCUUUGGCAUCCAGACAGCACAGAUAGAUCUGCAAACCUGUUCAUUUGACUGGUACAGUCACACACAGACCCACAAACACAGACAAAUUUUUUUUAUUUUUUAUCAAAAACUAUCCACUCUAGGCAUGCAGAUUCUUCAAUGGCUCUUUAAAGGUGCACAUGAACCAGAAAGAAAGAGGAGCAGCAGCAACAACUUCAGUAUCCCUCCCAAAAGGGAAGAUUCCAGUGGGAAAAAUGGUAAAGGGAAAGAGGUGAAUCUGCUAAAGCGUGAGAGAUCGCAGAAAAGAGGAGGAAGAAGAGACAAAUGGGGCACGUUUGGUUGCAAGAACUUUAAGAUAUUCACUUUUGUAUACAGAAAAGACAUUCCGAAAGCUUUCUUUUACAGCACCCUCAACUUGAAGAGGUUAGGAAGUUUUAACAGUAAACAGUUUCUGUACUUCAUGAAGAUGAAGAAAGAAGAGGCCUCCAAAGAUGUUGGAAGUGGUAACAAAGCAGAUUCAGGUAGCCAUGUUGGAAACAAGGUUUUGCCCAUAAGUGAGACACCACUGUCUGAAAGAAAAGACCAAUGUGGUGGUGAUGCCACAGAAACUAAAGAUCAAAACAAGAAAAAACCAAUGUCAAGAAUGAAAGAGCUUCUUAGAUGGGCUUCUGCUUCUGCCAAGUCAGAGAAAGGAGGGAAAUUCAAUGGAAGAAAGGUUUUAAUGUUCAGAAGGCGUGGAAACCUGAAAGCAGUUCCAGAUGAUGAUCAAGGGUGCACUGAGUCACCCAAGAUCAGUUUCAGAUGGGAUGUGGAAAGUUGCUCCACCACUUCCUCUGUUUACUCAGCUAUUUCAAUAGCUUCCUCAUCAAAAAAUGGACUUAACCAAAUUUCAACUUCCACUUUAUCCAUCCCUCAUGAACACACUUGCCACCAUAAAUCUGCCAGAAAAGGAAACUGGAUCACAACAGAUUCUGAAUUUGUGGUGCUGGAACUGUGAAAAGAAUAUGGUGAAGGGGAUAUUGCAUGUGUGGUGAAGUGUUUGGUGGCAAUCUACAUCAGAAGUUAAUGCUCUAAAA